UGGUUUUGUUGCAGCAGUCAUGCUGUGACGGCUGUCCUCUUCUCACUUUUUCUGUCCUCCCACUGAAAGUAACAGCUAAAGAAAUCUUUUUUUUUUUUUAAGGUAAAGUGUAUAAGAAAUAGUUAUUUUUUUGUCAGUCAACUUGUAGAGAUAUUAUCAGCUAUGGCAUUUGGAUAAGCUGUUCAUUUCUAUUUAUUUAUUGAUUUAUUUUCAUAAAAUAGCAUGUUAUGGUGAUGCCUGUCACUCUCCUAAACUUAUGUUUCUUUCUGUUGGUGUUGAAUGUAGAGUCUGUAGUCUCUGUCUGUGACAUCAGAGUGCAUACAAUCAAUUUCAGAUGCCAUCUUGAAUGGGAUUGCCCUGAUGCCAGCCCUAAGACCACUUAUACUGUACUGAGCAAGACACACGGUACGACAUGGACAAAUGUUUCAGACUGCAUCCAAAUUUCUCGGCAAAGCUGUGAUCUGUCACGUGUUUUUCCGAACAUACACAUCUACAGUGUCAUCCGACUGACAUCUGAACUUCCCUGGCUGAAUGAAACUCGGGGUUGCUCUCCUAUAACUGAUUCUGCUGCCAAAUUCACCCCGCCCUCCAUAACCAUCUCCAUGUCCAAUGGGAGUCUCUGGGUGACGGUACAUUUUCCUUGUGCUCCAUCCAUAAGCUGCUCGUUAGAAUAUGAUUAUUAUGAGGAAGAGAAGGAGAUGGGAUGCUCCUGUCCCCUAACGGAGUUUAAAAGUCUCUGGGCCACAGUCACUCUGUACAACGAACAGAACCUCUCAGACAGACAGGCACACACAGCUAUGGUGAUGCAUGAAACCCCAUUCAUGGUGGAAUUUGGUUUUCUUACACCAGGGCAAGUGUACUGUGCUGUGGCCAGCUUCACAGCUGAGGGUGUACUGACCUCUUCUCCCCCGAGCCUCCCGCAGUGCGUUUACAUACCAGCAAAUCUCGAAAGCCUCAUCGUCAUAAUUGUGUGUGCUGUUCUCAUCGUUCUUGGCCUAGUAUUUUUUCUGGUCUGGAGAAAGUGUGUGACUUCUGAACGUCCGCUGCCCAGAAAUUUGGCUUUACUUCGAGACCUGGAACUUCAGACUGAGACGUUCAUUGACUCCAGUAAGGUGGCACCACACGAGUGCUCUGAGGGUGACCACGUUUCUGUUGUUUCCUCCUCUGACUUCACACUCAUGGACAACCAUUCAUCUCACUACAGCACCCAAAGCCUGGGCAGAGGCUAUUACACAAGCCCCACCGUGCACAAUCCAGUCUGCACUCAGGAAUCUGUGGGGUCUGAAGAGCUGAGCACAGAUGUCCAACACGACGGGUGUCAUCUGUCAUCAUCACAUCCGAUUCUAGAGGCAGAGCUGGCAUGUCCACAGCAGAAUCAGUGUGAGGAGACUCCAAACAUCCCUCUGAGCUCAGUGCGAGUGAAACAUAUUCAACAGGGCGAGACGUCAGAUGAACACCCAGAGCAGUCUGAAGAUGUCAUAUGGGGAAAACUGACACCACUAGAAGACAUCCAAGCCGAUUGAAACUCCUGAUGUUUUUUUUUUUUUCCUAAAGGUUGAAUAUACUUCAGUUAAAGGCAACGUUUUUUAGACUCGAGAUAUGGAUUUGCUUUGGGUAUAUUUUUAAUACCCGCUUUAUUGGUGCUGUUGAUUUGUGAUUAGUGCGGUUCUGCCCUUUGUGAUUUAAAUUUUCUUAUAUUAAAUAUUAUAUAUCCUCCCUUUUAGUCUGGGUAAUUUGGGUCAGGUAAGAUUGAGUUCAGCAUUUAUUCAUUUUACUGGAAGGGAACACAUCAGUGGUCAAAUGUUGCUGACCUGAAUCUAGCAGUCAUUACUAUUAUUACCCUUUGAGGUUUGUUUGGGAUCCCUCCUACAGUUCAGUGACUUAGAGCACUAGAAAUCCUUAUGCUGUCCCUAUGAGGAGCAGGGUUGUUUUGGGGGUAACUGUGAGUAUAAGGUAUGCUUUCUGUAUGGCUUAAGUCAUUAUAAAAAAAAAAGUGAGUGAGACUCUAGGUUCUGGAAAAGUGUAUUGUAGCAGGCACUUUGUUUUGCAUUAAAUUAUGCAUGCUUCUUAUUUCCUCCUUUGUGAGAAAGUGUAUGUGGACUCGACUUAAAAUCUGUGAGGUCUAAUUGGUUGUUGAAUUUUGCUAUUGUAACAGUGAAGAGAAAGUUGUUGUUGAAUAAUAAAUACAGUAAGUUCACUGCUAUUCCACUCCACAGAUGACUCGAGUUUUAAAUGUCAAGUUUCUUGUUGACCAAAUGUAGCAGAAUGGAAAGAAGUAUGCAUGGGUUCAGCUUUAAUAAAACCACAGCCCACAAGCAUGAAAAACAACAUGCAUACACAUAUACCAUAGCCCCCCCAAAAUAAAAAUAAAUGCAAGCUAAACCUGUACUGAAAUUUCUUACCAAAUAUCAUACAUAUUCUUCAUCACUAUAUCUAUAUUUUUGGUGUCUUUCUUUAUAACUGCAAGUAUUAAUUGAAUGAUUUUUGGUUUUUAAAAGACAAAACUUGCAUUAGAGUUGGUCAGUGGGUUUAUGUUUAGACAUUGAUGGUGGGUGCAAGAUUUAAUCCAUAGAACAAGAGUCCAAGAAAAGUAUAAUAAAUGUUGAACUUCAAAUAACUAUACUCUCGUUCAAAACCAUUGGCAGAUUUCUAUACAUAAGCUGUGCCAUAGAGAACACUUCUCAUAGGGUGUAGUGACUCAAUAACUGGGUCACACGGAAACAUGCAUGUUCUCAUCCAGAGAAACCUUUAAAAUCACCAUAUGUAGCAGACGUAUCAGAAUGUAUCAUUGUCAUAGAAUAACUCACCUAAACAAAUAAUUGAGCCUAGUCAAGGGUUUCAUUUACGUAUUUAACUGAUUAUUAAUUUUCUCUAACUAUCAUUGUAAAACAUACCAAAAGACCAAACUGAAUUCUACUAACACGGACU